UUACUGAGUAACCUACUAUAAAUAGAACCUUUACUCACAGUGUCAAGGUUUAGGCGAGGCUUAGUAUGUAUUAAAUACAUAUAUUCGUCAUCGUAACACAGGUAUAAAGUACGUCUUGAACAUGGCAGAAGCAAACAUCCCGUCUACACCUGAUUGUGAAAACACCGAAGUUCCACGUGAAGAUUCACCGACAAUGGCUGAAACAAAUUCUCCAACGGGCAUGGAUCGAUUUCUGCAGAAAACCAGAAGCGAGCUCAUGUACGAGCUGAGACAGAUUCAACAUGGAGAGCGCCCAGUCACUGGUCAGAAUCGGCGAGAAAACAUCAACCAAUUUUUCGCCAAGCAUCUUGAGGCACCAGCUGGGAGUGAAGGAAAGGAGAAUGUUCCUGCCAAUGUUGACACUGUUGAGGAGCAUCGACCAGAGUCUGUUGUCGUUGAAGUUGAGGGCUUGUUCGAACAACGGCGUGUGUCAUCAGUAUUGCAGUCAACUGCGUUUAGGCGAUCUUUGGAGAGGAUAAUUCGAGGGAGCAUUGUUACAGCAUCUUCAAGACCUCAACCCACCCCUUCUCGUUCUGCCACCCCUCAACAUACACAUCCUAGAACUAGUCAGAGAGAGGAACAGCGGUCAGAGAACAGUCCAUCUGUAGCAUCAGGACCACAGCAAGAUUCAAGAGCUCCAUCACCUCCAGAGAUGCGGCUGACGCCUCCUACCAACCCUCCCACCAACCAACCUGCUGGCAUGGUUGCUCCACAUGAGAUGCCCACAUGGCAGACAAUCGCACAGGUCCACCGUGAGGAGAUCGUUCAGGAGAUCAGUGAGCUCCUUCAUAGUCGACUUGUGUCCUCAACACUUGAUGGGGAGUUCCGUGGAACUCUGGAGGUCCAGAUGCAGAACCAUCUGGAGUCGUCAGGAGGAAACGGAGAGGCUGUUGCUACCGCCGUUCGUCUGCCAAACCCUGGCAUUGUCCGCAAUGAUUUCAGUCAUCUUGGUCUUGGGCAGGAUCUGUUUGAGGACAAUAUUUCAGUCACCAGUAUCAGUGCCACGGCAGUUCCAUACACGCAGAGCAACCUCCAUCUAAGCAGAGAGAUUUCAAGUCUCAAAUCUCAGAUGGAAGAGAUGAAGAACAUGAUGAAACUCUCCUUUGACCUUCAACUUGACAUACAGAGAGCAAUCAGACAGGAAGUUGCUGCUGCAAUAUCCCAGGCAACAGCAGGAGCUGCAGCCGCUCCACCUAUGCCAGCGACAACAUCACGCCCUGUCAACGACACCCACUGUCUGAUCUGCCUGGAGAACAACACUGAUACCGUUCUCUACCAGUGUGGACACAUGUGCCUGUGUUACGCCUGUGGUAAGCACCUGGUGUCCCAGAGUGGCAAGUGCCCUGUCUGCCGAGCACCAAUCAAAGACAUCAUCCGUGCUUACAAAUGCAACAUUGAGUGAAACAACCAUUCAUUAAUAGUGUGACCUUGUUAAUACAGACAUCCGAGAAUACAGCGAUGGGGCAUCUUUGUUUGGACAAAUAUUUUGCUUACUGAGCUAAUACCAUGGCAAAUUAUCGAAUUAAACGUAAAUAUUUUCACCAAAAUGAUGAAAAAUGUCCAUGAUACUUCAACUUUUCUUGUAUGAUUGAUGAUUCAUGAUUCUGAUCCAGUUUAAAGCAUGGCCAGUGGUUUUUUUUGCUUAGAUUGGAUAUCAGUUCAUCCACAUGCUCCAAGAAGAUUUUCCUUUUGUUCUCAUGGCUGUGAAGGUCAAAGUACUCAGUCACUAUGUUUUAUGCACAAGUCGUCAAUUCUGACCUUGUACCUAUCAUAAAUAUCAGACGAAUUACUCUCUUGAUUUGUGAACUGACCAUCAAUUUGUUAACAACUUCAGAUUUUCAACAAGAUAAAGAAGGGGUUUGGGGUAUUGUGCAAUAUUUUAAUACCACUCUCUUCAAAAGGAUUGAUUUUCAUCAAAGUAUUAUCUUCAUGAAAUUUUGAAGAUCAGAUGGAACACAGACAACUUAAACAACUAAUACUUUAAGGAGUCAGGAAAUAAA